AAUUAGUUUGUUUUCUCUGUUCUUUUAACUUCCUCGUAUUUUCCUUUCUCCUUCUUUCUUCCAAUUUCCUCAAUACAAUUCUCCCAUUUUCCAUCUCUCUUUGAUUAUUUAAAUUGAUUUUAUCAUAUGUUUUAUAAAGAUAACAGCACAAUGAGAGACGAUGGAGCAGGAGAUUGCACUAAAUUUGUUGAUACUGGAAGUAGUAUACCCAGAUCAAAAUUUAGUAAUAUAAUGCAUUCUGAUCCCAAUAUGUCGUCCACUGUCCAUGAUGAUGAUUUUUCCAUCCGUAACAGCAGCGCCUCGGCCGUAACUCCGGGCUUUUUUGAUCCUAAUCGGUUGAGUUGCGAAGGGUCUCCGAUGACAAUGUCACCGUGGAAUAAUAGUAGCUCUCCUUUUACAAAAUCUCCAUGGAUUCCUUUUGACGAUACUAAUAUUCCUCAGAAUGGACUUAUCGGUUCUCUUGUUCGAGAAGAAGGUCAUAUUUAUUCGUUGGCUGCAAAGAAGGAUCUUCUUUAUACGGGUUCUGAUAGCAAGAACAUUCGUGUGUGGAAGAAUCUGAAAGAAUUUUCUGGGUUCAAAUCAAGCAGUGGUUUGGUUAAGGCAAUUAUAAUUUCUGGCGAAAAGAUUUUCACCGGUCACCAAGACGGAAAGAUUCGGGUUUGGAAGGUUUCUCCAAAGAAUGCAAGCAUACACAAACGCUCGGGAACUCUACCAACACUAAAAGACAUAUUCAAAAGCUCGAUCAAACCGAGCAAUUACGUUCAAGUUCGAAACCACCGCACAUCUCUUUGGAUCAAACAUUCUGAUGCAGUUUCUUGCUUAAGCUUUAAUGAAGAUCAGACCCUUUUAUAUUCUGCUUCUUGGGAUAGGACCUUCAAAGUCUGGAGAAUCUCGGACUCGAAAUGUCUCGAAUCCAUCAGCGCUCAUGACGAUGCAGUGAACUCUGUGGUGGCAACAACCGAAGGAAUGGUGUUUACAGGAUCAGCUGAUGGAACUGUAAAAGUAUGGAAAAGGGAACAACCAGGGAAAACCACAAAGCAUAGCAUUGUUCAGACAUUGUUAAAACAAGAAUGUGCUGUUACAGCUUUAGCUGUAAACACCAGCGGUACCGUUCUAUACUGCGGGUCGAGUGACGGUGUCGUCAACUUUUGGGAAAGAGAAAAGCAGCUGUCUCAUGGUGGGGUUCUUAAAGGACAUAAAUUAGCAGUUCUGUGUCUUUCGGCUGCUGGGAAUUUGGUGUUCAGCGGAUCAGCAGACAAAACAAUCUGUGUAUGGAGGAGAGAUGGAAAUAUCCACACGUGUCUGUCGGUGCUGACUGGGCAUACAGGGCCAGUAAAGUGCUUGGCUGUGGAGGAAGAUCGAGAGCAGUCUAAACCUGGAGACCAGCGGUGGGUAGUGUACAGUGGGAGUCUCGACAAAUCUGUUAAGGUUUGGAGUGUAUCUGAAUUAGCACCUGAUGUUAAUCAGGUGGCUAUGAUGCAGCAACAGCAGUAUAUGAUGAAUCAUGAUGUGGGCGAGCCUGCUACAUCCGACGGUAGUAGCAGAGGAGGCAGGAUACGCUAAUCUUAAAAACUCUGGAUCUUUAAUUACUAACAGUACCGCUCAGACCCAGCAGACUGGGAAAUAUGAAGGAAAGAAGAUUGCGAGAAAUUUCGGUUUUGUACAACUCUAGUGGAUGCUGUGUAAGUAAUAUUAAUCGCUUGACUAUUCAGAUUGUAGAUUUUACCCAGUAAGAGUUUCUCCAUGUGUUUUGUGAUUGUUCCAAGUGAAAAUUUGCAGAUAUGAAAUGUGUGCCAUGUAAUUUAAUAAAACUAUUUUAUGCAUGUUCAGUUAAUUGA